AUGUAAAUACAAAAUAAAAUUGGAGAAGGGCUGUUCGGUCAAAUUCAUAAAUGUUUAACUGAUGAUGGGAAUACAUGUGCAAUAAAAAUUUAUAAAGAGAGAUGUCCUAGAAAAUUAAGAGAGAAAGAGAUAAAGAUUCUGUAAUCUAUUAGUCACACAAAUAUUCAGAAAAUUGUGAAGUCAGAUUAGGAAUAUAAAUGGUUCAUUACAGAAUUGAUGAAUUAAGAUCUCUAUUAAAUGAUCAUUAAACAUGGUUGUCUAUAAUAGAGUACCAUAAAAUAAAUUCUAUUAUAACUAAGUAAUGGAUUGUCUUAUUUACAUUAACUUGGUUAUGUUCAUAGAGAUAUCAAAUUAGAAAAUGUAAUGAUGACAAAAGAACCUGUUAUAAAAUUUAUCGAUUUUGGUCUAUCUGUUUACAUUGAUUAUAAUAAAUAAUAUCCAAGACAUUGUGGAACUUCAACUUACAUGGCACCAGAGUUAAAUUUAGAUGACAAACUAAUUAUGGGAGAAAUUCUGAAGAAAUCUGAUAUUUUUGCACUUGGUGUAUUAAUAUUCAUACUUUGUUAUGGUUGUCCACCAUUUACUAUUGCUAAAUCCACUGAAUGUAAAUUUUGGUAAACUAUUGAAUAAAGAAAAUGGUAAUCCUUCUGGAAUUACUUUGAUAAAAAAAUCAUUAGAUCUGAUGAUCAUUUCAAGAAUUUGAUUCAAAAUAUGUUAGAGCCUGAUCAUAAAUCAAGAUUUACAAUACAAUAAGUGAAAGAACAUUAAUACUUAAAUGAAGUAGGAAAUUUAAAUGAACUAUUAUUAUGA